AUGAAAAAAAGAACUCUUUAAGAACUCUCCCAAGAAUAAGAAUAACUUAAUUCAUCAUAUAACGAUAUUAACUCACUUUAAAAAUAAAUUUAUCUUGAAAAUUAGUAGAGAUUAUAAAAUCUCAAAUAAGAAAAAUAAGAAUCAUUAAAAAUUAAUGAUGAUGAAGUCAAAAAAGUCGAAUAACUACAAGAAGAUAUUAAUCUUUAUUUUCCUGUUGGUAAAUUUUGUUUAAAUCAAUUAUCAUAAUAUCCUAAAGAAGAAAAAUAAGCGCACAUUUUAUCAUUCAUUAAUAUUUUAUAAGAGAAUCCAUAUUCAGAUGGUAUAAAAUUUAUAUUUAAAAUUAGUACAAAAAUAAAAACCUAAAAUUACAUUAGAGGCAGCUUUAAUGACUUGUUAUGGUUUUGAAGAUCAUUUACUUUAACCUUUAGUUUAAUCAGGUGUUAAACUAUUUAUUAUAAAUGAUAAUGAUAAUAAUGACAAAAAAUUAGAAAUUAUUGAAAAUUUUAAUGGACAUUCAAACUGGACUGUCAUUAAGCCAUCAAAAUUAAAUUCAAUAACAUUUGGAGGAUCUUUUCAUCCAAAAAUUUGGAUACUAAAAUUUCCAAAAUUUAUUAGAAUAGUCAUAGGAAGCUAAAAUUUACAUGUAGGGGAUUGGACUGUUUGGUCACAAGCUAUGUGGAUUCAAGAUUUUAAAAUUGGGAAUACUGAAUUAGAUUUAAUAUCAAAAGAUUUUAAAAUUGUUCUUAAAGAAUUUUUAGAUUAAAUUCUUCCAAACUCUCAUAAAUUUGAAGAUCUUCUUAAAAUUAGAUAUGACGAUUAUGAUUUUCAAAAUAUUAAUAUAAGGUUGAUUACAUCCAUUCCUGGAAGAUAUACAGAAAAAUAGUUACAUAAAUAUGGUAUUAUGAGAAUUUAAUCAGUUCUCAAUUAAGAACUUAUAAAUAAUAAUUUCGAAAUUCCUAAAUAAGUAAGUAUUACAUAUUAAACUACAAGUAUAGGACAAUUAGAUAACAAUUAUGUAGAUUUUUUUUAAUAAUGUUGCUCUGGAUAAUAAGUUAAAUAACCUUAAAAAAUAUUAUAAAAUAAUAAAUCUAUUGCUUAGAUGUUAUUUAAUAAAUAAGAAGAUGAAAAAUCUACUUUGAAAUUAAUAUAUCCAACUUCAGAUUAUAUAUAAAACUAAACUAAGGCAGGCCCAGAAUUUGCUAAUCCUUUAUUUCUAAGAAAGUAAUAAUUUGAAAAUCCAAAAUUUCCAAAAAACAUUUUCUAUAAAUAUCAAGGUUCUAAUUACUAUUUUUGGCAUAAUGGAAAUAUACCUCAUUUAAAAGUGAUGAUAAUAACAAGUUUAGACGAUAAAAUAGAUGAUAAUACAUCAAUAUAUAUUGGUAGUCAUAAUUUUAGUUAAGCUGCUUGGGGUAGACUAGAAAAAAAUGCUACCCAACUUUUUAUAUCCAAUACAGAAUUGGGUGUUUUAUAUCCUCCUAAAAAGGAUUCAGCUAAAUUUAAAUAAUAAAUUAUUGAGUAAUUAUCUUUUAAAUUUCCCCCUGAUAAAUAUGAAAAAACAGAUUAACCUUGGAUAAGUGAAGUUUAUUAUGAAUAAUUACUAUGA